AUGCCUUACAACACGCGGCGCAAGUCGCUCUCGCUACCCAGCCUGGGUAUUCACAUUCCCAUGACACACGCCGCACGCGCCGCCGCUUCGGCUUCCAAGUCUGCUUCCCGUCUCUCGACCUCUCCUACAGCGCCUGCCGCCGAGUCUACCGAGUCCCAUCCCACCAAGCGUCUCAAGCGCUCCCACACCGGCUCUGCGCCCGCCAACACCACUGAGCAAACACCCCCUCCCUCCCCCACCGUUGCCGACAGCAUCGAAAUGACCGACGCCGACUCUGUCUCCAAAAUUGACCUGUCCACCGUCAACGACGACAUUGUCGAGGGUGUCAUUGUCCAGCUACAAACCACUGGCAACCGACCCCAUCUCGUCAAAGACCUUGCCCUCAUCCUUGGCCAGACUCUCACUUCGGUCCAACAAUCCGCCAACCCUUGCGCCAUCAUCUCCUCGCGCCUCGCUUCAUACCUCAAGCGCCCCGUUUGGUCCGCUUCUGCUCGUUGCCCUUUGGCCAAGGAGCUUGAGACUGUCCACCCCCGUCGCACUUACUUCUUCCUCACAACCCAGCCUCGCCAGGAGCUUCCUGACCCCAGCAUUGUGCAGCCCAUUCUCCCCGCCGCCAUUGUCACCCCCUCCGUCUCCCUUACCGACGACUCUGGCUCUGACGCCGAGGGUCGCCGCCGUGAGCUCAGCCCUUCCCCUGAGGUCGAUCUCUCUCCUGCCGAAUUCGACGACACCUUUGACGACAUGUUCCUCCACGGUUCUGCUGUCGGUUCCUUUACCUCGCGCCGUGUUAGAAUCGCUCGCGACUUCCGCCAUGACUCGCCUCCUCUGGAAAAGGACGAGCGCGAGUUUACGCAAACCGCCGAUGUUGUUCUCAAGCGCAAGCUAUCCGAGGCCACCCCCGUCGUCGUUGAUCCUGCCGACCGCGCCGUCCUAGCCGAGUAUGGUUUCCGCGACGACAUGUGGUUCGGCGACAUCCGCGCCCCUCCAUCUACUGCUUUCCUUGCCAGUCCCUCUAUAAAACCUAUCGCUGGUCCUUGGAUUCGCAAAGAAGAAGCCGAUAACUGGCUACGGCUUUUUGGAGGCGAACAGGGCGCCGAGAGUAUUGAGAUUGAGGAGCUCGAUAACCUCUUGAGCACAUACUAA